CCAUGAGAGUUUUGCUGCUUUUGGCCCGUGUGGUGCUGUUGGCUGCCUGCCACUGCCAAGCCGUCAGCUUUCCCGAAGAUGAUGACCCGAUUAAUGUUGUCGACUAUCACUAUUCAAGGCAAUAUCCGGUAUUUAGAGGACGCCCUUCAUGCAAUGAAUCCCAACACAGGCUGGACUUUCAACUGAUGCUGAAAAUUCGAGACACACUUUAUAUUGCUGGCAGGGAUCAAGUUUAUACUGUAAAUUUGAAUGACGUUCCAAAGGGAGAAGUUGUUCCAAGCAAGAAAUUAACGUGGCGUUCAAAGCAACAGGAUAGAGAGAACUGUGCCAUGAAGGGAAAGCACAAAGAUGAAUGCCAUAAUUUUAUUAAAGUCUUUGUCCCCAGGAAUGAUGAGAUGGUCUUUGUCUGUGGAACUAACGCAUUUAACCCCAUGUGCCGCUAUUAUCGGUUGAGUACCUUGGAGUAUGACGGUGAAGAAAUCAGUGGCUUGGCAAGGUGCCCUUUCGAUGCCAAACAAACCAACGUUGCCCUCUUUGCUGAUGGCAAAUUGUAUUCCGCAACGGUGGCGGAUUUCCUGGCCAGCGAUGCGGUUAUUUACCGAAGCAUGGGAGAUGGAUCAGCUCUGAGAACCAUAAAGUACGAUUCCAAGUGGAUAAAAGAGCCCCACUUCCUCCAUGCCAUUGAGUACGGGAACUUUGUUUAUUUCUUCUUUCGAGAGAUUGCUGUGGAACAUAAUAAUUUAGGCAAGGCCGUGUACUCCCGCGUGGCUCGCAUUUGCAAAAACGACAUGGGUGGCUCGCAGAGGGUGCUGGAGAAGCACUGGACAUCCUUCCUGAAGGCACGCCUCAACUGCUCGGUUCCCGGGGAUUCCUUUUUCUACUUCGAUGUUCUGCAGUCCAUCACGGACAUUAUAGAAAUCAACGGGAUCCCUACCAUCAUUGGGGUUUUCACUACUCAGCUCAACAGCAUCCCUGGAUCGGCGGUGUGUGCCUUUAGCAUGGAUGACAUUGAGAAAGUCUUCAAAGGGAGAUUUAAAGAACAGAAAACAGCAGAUUCUGUUUGGACAGCUGUACCUGAAGAAAAAGUACCGAGGCCAAGACCUGGCUGCUGUGCAAAACACGGCCCAGCAGAGGCUUACAAAACCUCCGUUGAUUUCCCAGAUGAAACCCUCGCUUUCAUCAAAUCCCACCCUUUGAUGGAUUCUGCCGUCCCGUCCGUCAUUGAGGAGCCUUGGUUCACAAAGACGAGGGUCAGGUAUCGGUUGACUGCCAUUGCUGUGGAUCAUUCUGCUGGCCCAUAUCAAAACUACACAGUCAUCUUUGUUGGCUCCGAAGCCGGAAUGGUGCUUAAAAUCUUGGCAAAGACGAGACCUUUUUCUUUGAAUGAUAGUGUAUUACUGGAAGAGAUAGACGCUUACAAUCAUGCAAAGUGCAAUGGAGACGGCGAAGAGGACAAGAAGGUCAUCUCCCUGCAACUGGACAAGGAGCACCACGCGCUGUUUGUGGCUUUCUCCAGCUGUGUAAUUAGAAUGCCUCUAAGCCGCUGUGAGAGACACGGCUCGUGCAAAAAGACCUGUAUUGCUUCUCGAGAUCCUUACUGCGGCUGGUUGAACCACGGGACCUGUGGGAGAGUGAAGCCAAGCAUGUUGUUGUCUUUGUUUGUUUCAUACAACCAUAGCAUUGGAGGAUAUGAGCAAGAUGUGGAAUACGGCACCACUGUGCAACUUGGGGAUUGUCACGAAAUUUUGCCUACUACAACUACACCAGAUUACAAAAUAUUUGGCGAUCCAACAUCUGACACGGAAUUGCCCUCAGCUUCUCUUGCCACAGUUGGAAGCAUCCCCGUUCUCUCACCCAAAGUGAUUGGUUCCUGGAAACCUAAAGUGACUGGCUCUCGGAAAUUUGUAGCUCAAGAUGAACCAAACAGUUCUGAUUACUCUGAUCCAUUAUCAGGGGUCCCAAAGGGUGUGAGGUGGGAAGUCCAGUCAGGAGAGUCCAACCAGAUGGUGCAUAUGAACGUCCUGAUUACAUGCGUCUUUGCAGCUUUUCUACUGGGAGCCUUUAUAGCAGGAGUGGCUGUUUACUGUUACCGGGAUAUAUUUGUCCGAAAAUCCAGGAAAAUCCACAAAGAUGCAGAAUCAGCUCAGUCCUGUACAGACUCCAGUGGAAGUUUUGCCAAACUGAAUGGUCUCUUUGACAGCCCCGUCAAGGAGUAUCAACAGAAUAUCGAUUCACCCAAGCUGUAUUCGAAUUUGCUGACAAACAGAAAAGAGCUGCCACCAACUGCCGACACAAAGUCCAUGAUGAUGGUGGACCACAGAGGCCAACCACCAGAACUGGCAGCUCUUCCAACUCCUGAAUCAACACCGGUGCUUCAGCAGAAGACUUUACAGUCCAUGAAAAGCCAGAUGGACAAAGCACCAAACAACCUCAGUGCUUCUAGAAAAGAAACUCCUCUGAAGAGCCCCCAGUUUUUCCCAUCCAGCCCCCCACCCCAUUCUCCAUUAAGCCACGGACACAUCCCCAGUGCUAUUGUUCUUCCGAAUGCCACCCAUGAUUACAAUAUAUCCUUUUCAAAUUCUAAUGCACACAAAGCAGACAAAAAGAUACAGAACAUGGACCACCCAGGAACAAAGUCCUCCAGCAAAAGGGACCACAGGAGGUCUGUUGAUUCCAGGAACACCUUGAAUGAUUUCCUGAAACAUUUAAAUGAAACACCCACCAACCCCAAAGCCAUUAUGGGAGACAUCCAAGUGGCUCACCAGACUUUAAUGCUGGAUCCAAUGGGAAACAUGACAGAGAUCCCUCCCAAAGUUCCAAACAGGGAAGCAUCUUUGUAUUCCCCUCCAUCCACCCUCCCACGAAAUAGUCCAACAAAACGGGUAGAUGUUCCCACGACACCUGCAGUACCAAUGACCUCUUUAGAAAGGCAAAGGGGCUAUCACAAAAAUUCCUCACAGCGACAUUCUAUAUCAGCCCUUCCUAAAAACUUAAGCUCGCCCAACGGUGUGCUGCUAUCGAGGCAGCCCAGUAUGAACCGGGCAGGGUACAUGCCUUCUGCUGCAGGGACAAAGAUGGACUAUAUGCAAGGAGCCCCAUUGAGCGCUCACCUACAGCCUUCCUUGUCUAGGCAAAGCAGCUACACAAGCAACGGGACGCUUCCUCGGACAGGCAUAAAGAGGACCCCUUCGCUAAAACCAGAUGUGCCACCCAAGCCCUCGUUCGUUCCGCAGACGCCUUCAGUCAGACAACUGAACAAAUACAGCUACUAAGACUUGCCUAUCCUAUCAAGCAUGUGGGGUGACGUUGCGAGGCGGACUUUAGGACAGAGACUCUCCUGUCGUGAAGAGCAGAGAACCCGCAAGCGGCCAAAGAAGCUGUUUCUCACUCCAGCAGCAUCUUGCUUCUCCACAAGCCUGGCCUUGAGCAAGACUCAGCUUGCUAAACAGAUCAAAAGGAAGGAAGGUGCUGGCCGUGACAUUUCUUUUGUUGGGAGCGGAGGGGACGCAUAGCACAAUGGGGGGGGACCAGAGACUGCUGUCCAGGGUUGUUCAGAGUACUUGGGGAGGAAAGGGGGAGGAAGAAGAUCUGUGAGCAAAAAUACUUGAAACUAAUAACAAUAAUAAUAAGAAUAAAAUGGGUUCAUUUCUAGACUGCCAUAAUGUGUAGUCUUCCCAUGAAAUGUGAACAUUUUAAUAUGUAUGCAUUUGCCUUGCCUGUUGCACAAAUGUCAGAAAAUUAUGAUGUCUCAACAAGUGUGUUGGUUAAUAAGCAACUUGCUGAACUUUUGGUCUCUAGUCCAGCUGUAGCAAUUUUUGUUCCUCCAAAGGAUGACAUUUUGUUUAUGACAAGAUAGAAGAGUG